AACAGUUGGCAGAAGCAGCUUGGUACCGAAGCCUAACUACCUGCUGUUGCCGGCUCCUGAAAUAUUCGAGUAGAGAAGAGCUUGUCUACUCGUUUGUUGGUAUUGACAGCUACUAGUUAAUUCAAAAGGGAUUUAUCGGGAUGAAUCUUGAAAAUGUUGAACUGUCAAAGAAAAAAACGCAGUACCUUACACGUAGACAUACGAGAAAACUCAAGAUCAUUGGAAAAAUAUACACUUUUCCAUAGCACAGGAUAUCCAAAUUAUUUGAAUUUUUGGCAGAGAAAUAACCAAUGAAGUUUAGUUCUUGAAUCAAGAUUUUCAAGAGAAGUUUUCCUGCUAAAAACACAAUCUUGCACAAAUUAAGUCUUAUUGAAACUACAUACGUCACCUGAAUGAAUAAGGAUCCUCCAAUUAGCGACAUUAUGUCACUACUUCGGACACCCUACAGGCCUUAUAGCCAUCUAGACGAUGAAGAUGACUUUCUUCGUCAUUACCAACAAGAGGUGGAGGAACGGAAGAAGAUCCAAUGUUCGCGAGCAAUUCCAGCUACCAUUUUUGGCAUUGCGGUCGUCUUGGUGACAGUCAUUGUUGCUUGUUUUACAACAACAGGGUUUUCAGCACCAGAUGGCGAAAAUUAUAAAAUAGACGCAAACAUAGGACCUUCUAGCUCGUGGAAACAGUUUGUUACAGUCCAUACCAAGUGUGGAAGCUACGAAGGAGGCGUUGAGAGUGAGGCAUUUGUAUUUAAGGGAAUCCCGUACGCUGUACCUCCUACUGGAGAGUAUCGUUGGAAACAUGCAAUCCCUCUAGCGGAGGAUAAAGAACGUUGUAAACCAUAUUAUCAAGUGCAAGCUAAAAAUUUUGGGUCGCCCUGCGUUCAACUGAAUCCCUACACCAAGGAUUACGAAGGACAAGAAGAUUGUUUGUAUUUGAACGUUUGGACUCCAAAGUUGGACAGGGAGGCAAAUCGCGACGUAAUGGUGUGGAUUCAUGGAGGUUUCUUACAGUUCGGAAGUGGUCACCAUCAUGGUCUAUGUCCUUCAGGAAAACUAGCUCAGAUGAUGGACAUAGUGUUUGUUAGUUUCAACUAUCGCAUACUCGCUAUGGGAUACCUUGCCCUUGAUCUUUUCAACGGGAAGAAUUCGACCAAUAGCAGUAAUGGCGGAAACUUUGGCCUAUCAGAUCAAAUUACUGCCCUCAAAUGGAUUCACGAUAACAUCAAGAAUUUUGGAGGAGACCCCAAAAAGGUAACAGUGUUUGGAGGAGAUGCAGGAGGUGCCUCUAUUCUUGCGAUGAUGUCGUCACCUGUUUCAAAGAGACUUUUCCAAAAAGCGUGGCUCACGGGACCAGCGCUAAUAUUUCGAAGGACCUUUGCUGAAGCUAACAGACACAAUGAAGCUUUCUUCUUGAGAAGGUCUAAUUGUACAGACCAAAACUGCUUACGUCAACUCUCGGCCCAGAGAGUUAUUAACUUUUACCUUGGAAAGGAUGAUCCUUCCUUUCGAAUUCGAGAUCAAAAUGAUCUGCCAAUCCAAGGAAUCUACCCUGAACAACUCGUAGUUGUGGGAGGUGACGAGUUACCGAAAUCACCUAUAGAAGCAAUAGAAUCCCAGGAGAUCGCAGACAUACCUCUUCUCAUUGGAACCUCGUCUCAAGCCGUAGAAUUUUGGCCUGGUCCCGACGACUUACGUCACUGGUCGUGGAGAAGAUACAAAAAAUAUGUAACUACAAGUCUAGACAGUUUCGGCCCCAGCAUCGCUCAUCUGACUCUCCAGCUUUACAACACUUCAGACACAAGUUCUGGAACAAUUGAAGAAUUAUACACAACAAUGGUAUCCGAUCUUCGACAAACCUGUCCUGUCAAUCAACUGGUUUCUGCCUACAGUAGGAACGUGAAUGCCUCCGUAUAUCGUUAUAUAGUUACUUCGCAGCCGUCGACAUCCGUUAAGUCUUACGAUUAUGAAGCUCUCUACAGCUUUCACCUCUGGGAUGUUAUUGCAUUUUUUGACCAGCUUCAAUAUUACAUUGAGAAUCCCAGUGAAGAAGAUUACGCUUUCAGAGAUCUUGUAGGUGACAUUGUAAUGAAUUUCGUGAAGUCAGACAAUUUAACAGCUGAAUAUCCUGAAUGGUUGAACUUUCCUAAAUCGGUUGCGUUAUUAGCUGAAAAUAUUUCUGUCGUAGACAACUAUCAUUCCACUCAGUGUAAGUUUUGGAAAGUGCAAGGCUUGACAAGAUAUGCCUGGGUAAGUUAGAGCUGGUAGCUUGGUUCCCGCAUUGUGAAGGAAUUUCAGAAUAUAGGAAAGAACUAUUAAUCAAGAUUUCCACCAUUCAAGAAAGCAACUGAAAACUUACUUUUAUUACUUGUCAGUCGAUUACAUAAUACUUGAAUAUAAGUCAAAGAAGGUGGUACUUGAAAGGACAGUUACUUGUAUUUUUGCUUAGAAAAAGGGAGAGGGAAAUCAUAAAUAUCGCAUGCCUACCUAUAGUUCAAGCACUUUCAUUUUAUAUGUGUAGUAAAACUGUCGUUUUGAAAAGUGUUUCUAUAAUUCUACUUCCUAGUUCUUUAAAACUGAUGUCUCUCCGUCCCUUGUAAAGCGCUCAGAAAAGAACUAAAACGAAGCUUUGUGUUUUACUUCAACCGGUUACUCAGUUUCUUUACAUCUCUCAUGUCACGUAAAUCAGAUUUUUCCUAUUAGAACCCCCACAUGUGUUAUAUACCGAGCGUACAGGCAACGUUUACACAUUUCAUUAGAUUUUUCAUAGCUUUAGCUAAUAAAUAAGCGAUGUAUAAAUCACUUAAAGCGGCGUAUCUCAUGUGAUUUUUAAAAACUGUUGCUUAUUUAAUGGUCUUCAAAUGUACUGCAAAAGGUGUUGUAAUUUGCUAUAUUCUUAUCAAUCUACUGAAUACAAGUACUUACUGAACGAUGCCGAACCGUUAGUUGAAAUUAGUUCCACACCAUACACACUGACAAAGCAAAUAAGCUACUCUUAAGAUCCACGAUACGCAUCAUCAAUUAUUCUGAAAAUUACCAUAUUCGCCAUGUAAAGUUCACGCCUGUAUUAAUGAAACUGAAUACAACUGGGUUUUGUGCGUCAUCACGUCACCAAAUAUAACUACAGAGUGUUGAUUUACGGCCAGUCUUUGCUAAAGUAUUUCCAGGAUGUAGAUACAGUUGUUUAAUGUAAAAGUGGCCAACAUACGACUAUGUCAGUUCUUGAAAAUGCUUUUUGAAAAUAAAAAAAUAGCAUAGUAUAAGACAAAAUUAAAUGUACGCAUAUAAAUACAUACAAAGAGAGAGAGAGGAACCACGUCUGUAUGGUAGAUAUUUCAUAAAGUAGUAUCUUAUUAUACAAAGGUCCAUACGUAAAACUCCGAAUUGUUGUCCUUCUUGUUCAUUGUUAUUAUUAUUAUUUUUGCGCUCGCUACGUUUAAAAAGUGUGAUUGAAUGUUAUUUCUUAAGCUUAAAUAGCUUGUUUUAACAUGUUUUGACACUAUGUGGUCUUUUAAGUAAGUCCAAUCUACAGCCUACUUACUGUAGGCAGAAAGAAAAAACAACAACAAAAACGUAUAAACUAUAUCUUAAAACCAAUUUACUGUUUUAUAUUUAGUAAAAUUUGCAAAAAUGUGUAUUUAGAAUCCCGAGUAAAAUAUUGUGAUCUCAACUGUAGACAAAAUAUGAGAACAUGGUACACAGUUUAUAAGUGAACACGUUUUAAACAGAAAUCAAUCAGUUUCUUCUAUCUUUGUACCUUGGUUUCAUGAAUAAAACCAUCCAUUUUAAUCUCUAA